AGCUUCUGUAUGAUGCAGAUCUGGAGCGGGGCGUCAAGAGUUUAGGCUUAGUUUGGUGAAUGUGUGAACUGAAGCCGUUACAGGCAGAGCCUGCUGCCGUUCAAUUCGCCGCUGCGAGACGACGAAGAGGAGGACGAAGAAGAUAGUGAUGCAGGCAGACAGGAUGCUGCAUUAUGAGGAAGCUGCAGCUGGUCAGCAGCGGGUUCAUGAAUGGAGCAGCUGCAUGUGUUGAUUGAUCUCUCUACGUCGUCCUGGUUGUGUUUCCUGGUGAUAAAGUCUCAACAUGCUCUGCCUCUCGCCCAGUGACCGCUGGAGAUGGGCACCAUCCCCUAUCAGGCUAAAGAUGUGUGGCAUCUGGGCUUUGUUUGGCAGUGAUGAGUGUCUGUCGGUUCAGUGCACGUGUGCUAUGAAGAUCGCUCACAGGGGCCCCGAUGCUUUCCGCUUUGAAAAUGUCAACGGUUUCACCAACUGCUGCUUUGGCUUCCACCGACUGGCCAUUGUGGACCAGCUGUAUGGUAUGCAGCCGCUUCGAGUCAAGAAGUUCCCUUACCUGUGGCUCUGCUACAACGGAGAGAUUUACAACCACCAAGCACUGAAGACAAAGUUUGACUUUGAUUAUCAGACUAAAGUAGAUGGUGAGAUUCUGCUCCAUCUGUAUGACCGCUUUGGAGUCCAGAAGAUGGCUUCUCUCCUGGAUGGAGUAUUUGCUUUCAUCCUGCUGGACAUGGCCAACAGAAAAGUCCACCUGGGGAGAGACACGUACGGCGUCCGGCCGCUCUUUAAGUUCCUCGCCGACGAUGGCUUCCUUGCAGUCUGCUCAGAGGCCAAAGGCCUUGUAGAGAUCACCCACUCUAUGGAAACCGCUGUCAGCAUCGUUCCCUUCCUCCCUGGCCACUUUGAGGUCUUUGACUUGAAACUUAGCGGCAAAGUUCAGUCGGUUCAGUUUGAGCGGUUUCACUGCUGUACCAGAGAGCCGGCUCACGCCCUGUACGACACGGUGGGAGGCCUGUCUUCAGAUUUUGGGGAGGAAACUGUGAAACGCAACAUCAGAAGUCUGUUUGAAAACGCUGUGAGGAAACGCCUUAUGGCCCACAGACGCAUCGGUUGUCUUCUGUCAGGCGGUCUGGACUCCAGUUUGGUUGCGGCCAUGCUGCUGAAGCUGUCCAAAGAGGAGAAGCUGCCGUAUUCCAUUCAGACGUUUUCCAUCGGCUCUGAGGACAGUCCUGAUGUCAUGGCUGCUGAAAAGGUGGCCGCUCACAUAGGCAGUGAGCACCACAAGGUGGAGUUCACAGCAGAGGAAGGAGUCAAAGCUCUGGAGGAGGUCAUCUUCCACCUGGAGACCUAUGACAUCACCACUGUCCGAGCCUCUGUUGGGAUGUACUUGAUAUCGAAGUACAUCAGGGAGAAGACAGACAGUGUGGUGAUCUUCUCUGGAGAGGGCUCUGAUGAGCUGACUCAGGGUUACCUUUACUUCCACAAGGCGCCAAGUGCCAAAGCAGGAGCAGAGGACAGCGUCCGCCUCUUAAAGGACCUCUACCUGUUCGAUGUUCUUCGUGCUGAUCGGACCACCGCUGCACACGGUUUGGAGCUCAGAGUGCCUUUCUUGGACCACAGAUUCACGUCCUACUACCUUUCCCUUCCUGAGGAGAUGAGAACUCCUAAGGACGGAGUGGAGAAACACCUCCUCAGAGACUCUUUCAAAGGCCUGAACUUGAUUCCUGAUGAGAUCCUGUGGAGACGGAAGGAAGCCUUCAGUGACGGUAUGACGUCUGAGAAGAAGUCCUGGUACACCUACCUGCAGGAGCAUCUGGACUCUGUGGUCAACGACAGCCAGAUGGAGAAGGCUCAGCAGACUUUUCCCCACAACCCCCCCAGGACCAAAGAGGCCUACUACUACAGACAGGUGUUUGAGAAGUUCUUCCCGGGCCGGGCCCAGUGGCUGUCCCAUUACUGGAUGCCUCGUUGGAUCAGCGCCACUGACCCGUCAGCGCGGACCCUGUCCAUCUACAAGCCUGACAAACAGCAGUGAUUGGCCGGAGCUUCUGUGUGUUUCUGCCUAUGAAGAUGUCAGGCUGUUAUGGCUGUCAGAGGUCAGCUGGAGACCGAGCUGACUUUGGGACUCCACGUUGUCUCUGCCUUUAGUCCACAGCUGUAUAAGCAGCCCAUGAUGCUGUGUAGAAGCUCUAAGACAGCUUCAGUCUUCAGCGUGGUGGUCUCCGUUAGUCCAUCUGAACCUAGAAUCAUCCAACUCGCCCUCUGUUGGUGUGGAGCUCCUGGCAGCUCUGCAGCGUUCGGUUUGUCUGAUGUUCACCACAGGAAGCUGAAGCUGACCACCUGCCUAAUGAUCUGUUAAAUAAAAGCAAAUUCCAUGAAUCGCCUCA